GUCUCAUCGAUCUGCGGUCUUAGCCUAGUUUGGAUUUCUUUUUUACUACAUCGCCACCUCAGGGGUGGUAUUUCAUCCCAAUUGCGCACCCGCCGAAACUAAUCCGAUAACUGCGCUUCGGUAGAAGCUUCCUCUCCAAGCUUACCUGUAACGAUCUCAACCACCAUUAGGUGCUGGAAAACAUUAGGUUAUACGUCGACAUUCCAGGAGGUCGCGAGUUUCCGGCGCGAAUUGCCAGUUGUCACGACCUCCAAGAGGGCUCUGAAAGCAGCGGGAGGCCUUGCUCAAUCUACGGGCGUGAAGAAGCACUGAUAAUACCAAGUAAACCCACGAAUUCUGCAACCAUGACUAGGCGCACACGCAGCUCGCUCGCCCGUGCCGGAAAGGCGCUGGCGGACGAUGAUCUCAACAUCCUCGUUGAAGAGGCACCUGCAAGCAAUGCAUCGGUGGGAGGCAAGCCUAAACGAGGUAGAACCUCGACUUCGAGCAGCAAGACGCCAUCGGUUGCAUCUGCUGCCACUGGUGGUAGCGCUUCUGCCUCUGCAAGUGGUUACUCGACGCCCAUGACCAGUGCAGUUGCGACCCCUCUUCCGACAAACGUUGUCAAUCAGAAGUCUGGCUCUAGGCUCGAGAUUAAUAUUCCCCUUCAACCGCCAGCUGACAGCAAGAAAGUUCUCAGCAAGAGUGUGUACAGUUUGAACGGAGCUUCGAAGCGAAAGUGGAAUGAGGUGGAUGACAGUGAUGAAGAGCUUCCUGAUUCCUCACCAGAUGCAGUCCUGGCCAGAAGGUUACAGAAAGCGGAGGAGACCGAGUCCGCUGGCAGCAGUAUGGCUAAACAGCCUAUGCACUCAGGAGCCUCGUCGACUAGGCGCUCGACUAGGAGUCUGAAGAAAAAGCCAGUUGUCUAUGAUCUUGACUUGGAAGAUGAUGUGGUCACGGCGCCCAUCAAGGCAAAAUUCAAAUCAAAGAGACAGGCAACCCCACAUGAGUUCGUUGUAGACUCGGAAGAUGGGUCAGCCCUUUCUUCGGCUCCUGAUGUGAAUGAUUCCGAUCAAUUCGACAGCAAAGAUGUGAACGACUCCUCUGAUGAUUUCGAGGACGAGGUUCAAACAAAGUCUCGCAAACAAGGCCGCGGAAUUAAUCGCAAAGCCUCGCAGCCGAAUCCCAAGCGUCGCAGGAUUGUGCCACGCGCCAAUGUAGCGCUCGACUUCAAUUCCGAAUUGUCUGCUUCAUCCAGUGGUUCGGUCACUAGCGAAGACGAUGAAGAUAUCGGUGAUGACCCGUCAGAAAGACCUCGACCCGCUACACGCGUCAGACGUGGCAGAACAAGUACUACACAUAUCCGCCACCACAUGACGCGUGAGGAGAGGGAUCGAGCAAAGCUUGAGAAGAACCACCCCUACCUUAAGACAUUAUGGGCGGAUUUUGAAGCUAGAGCAGUCGUGAACCCUCCCCCGGCAAACCAACCGACGAAUAUCUCACGAAAUUUGAAGCCAUUCCAACUUCAGGGCCUGGCCUGGAUGAAAGCAAUGGAGCAGACGGAAUGGAAAGGUGGACUUCUCGGCGAUGAGAUGGGUCUUGGCAAGACCAUACAAGCUGUGUCCCUCGUCAUGUCGGACUGGCCAGCCAAGCAGCCUUCACUGGUUCUCGCACCACCGGUAGCAUUGAUGCAGUGGAUGAGCGAAAUUCAAUCCUAUACCGACGGUACUCUCAAAACCAUCGUCUAUCAUGGGUCCAACACCAAGACCAAGAAGAUGACCAAAGCUGAGCUGAAGGGAUAUGACGUGAUUAUCAUGUCGUACAACAGUCUUCAGUCUAUGUACGCAAAGCAAGAGAAAGGCGUCAGCAAGAAAGAUGGUAUUUACAAGGAGAAGAGCCUGCUUCAUUCGAUUGACUUUCAUCGAGUUAUCUUGGAUGAAGCCCACUACAUCAAGUCUCGGACCACCACGACCUCCAAAGCCUGCCUGGCACUCAAAACAACUUACAGAUGGUGCCUUACUGGCACUCCUCUCCAGAAUCGCAUUGGAGAAUUUUUCUCGCUCGUACGGUUCUUGAAGAUCGAACCGUUUGCCAACUAUCUUUGCAGGGAUUGCGACUGCUCCGCCUUGGACUGGACUCUGAACGACAAGUAUCAAUGCAAGAAGUGUGGUCAUGGUGGUUUGCGACAUGUCUCAGUAUUCAACCAGGAGCUUCUCAACCCUAUUCAGACUUAUGGAAGAACCUCAAAGGGUGCCGAGGCCUUCCGCAAGCUUCGGCUGCUCACCUCCAAAAUCAUGCUGCGGCGUCAAAAGAAAGAUCAUAUGGACUCCAUGGAGCUGCCGCUCAAGGAAAUCAUAAUUGAUCGUCAGUUUUUCGGUGAGGUGGAGAAAGACUUGGCGGGCAGUAUCAUGCAUAACAACCAGCGCAAGUUUGAUACUUACGUAGCACAGGGUGUUGUCUUGAACAAUUACGCCAACAUCUUUGGCCUUCUGAGCCAGAUGCGCCAAGUUGCCGACCACCCCGAUCUCAUCUUGAAGAAGAACAACGAGCCUGGUGUCAACAUUAUGGUUUGUUGCAUCUGUGAUGACACUGCAGAGGACGCCAUCAAGUCUCAGUGCAAGCAUGAGUUCUGUCGGGCGUGUGCCUCUAGCUACGUCAACUCCACUCCUCAGCCGACUUGCCCAAGAUGUCACAUCGUACUCUCCAUUGACCUGGAGCAGCCUGAAAUCGAGCAGGAUCAGGAAAUGACCAAGAAGAAUUCCAUCAUCAACCGAAUUCGGAUGGAGAACUGGACUUCAUCGACAAAAAUGGAGAUGCUAGUACACUCUCUACAAAAGCUCCGGUCCGACAACUCUUCACACAAAUCCAUUAUCUUCUCUCAAUUCACUGGUAUGCUGCAACUCAUUGAGUGGCGCCUUCGCCGAGCUGGAAUCACAACUGUCAUGCUCGACGGUAGCAUGACCCCAGCCCAGCGAGCUGCCUCCAUCGAUCAUUUCAUGAACAACGUGGACGUCGAAUGCUUCUUGGUUUCACUCAAGGCUGGAGGAGUGGCUCUGAAUCUUACCGAGGCCUCGCGUGUUUUUAUAGUUGACCCUUGGUGGAACCCAGCCGCUGAGUGGCAGUCGGCUGAUCGUGUCCACCGAAUUGGACAGACCAGACCCGUGGUCAUCACGCGUCUUUGCAUCGAGGACUCUAUUGAAAGUCGAAUCGUCCAGCUGCAAGAGAAGAAGACAAAGAUGAUUAACUCGACGGUCAACUCUGACGAUGUCGCACUGGACUCUUUGGAACCCGAGGAUCUUCAAUUUCUGUUCCGCGGAAACUAGAGUCAAAUAUGCUUUCUUUUCCAUGAGGGUUUCUCUACAUUCAGCCCUGUCACACCAACUUGGUGCACUUGGUCUGUUUCUUAUAAGAGGCAGGGAGGCGCCAACAAUCUGACGUUGUCGUGUUGAGGUCACUGACGUCUUUAGCCUACGGAGUUGGAGAUCAUACUUACUUGAAAAGGUGAUCUUGGGCUUACAUGUAAUUCUUAGCCACGUCUACAUGGUGUUGUAGCCAUGUGUCUUGAUUUUUUGGCCACUUGCAAGUCCCGGUCUUGCAGUGUCGACCUGGUUCUUUAUCAUUUUUUUUUUUCAUGCUGUCUCUUCAUGCUCGUUGCAGACAGUAGUGGCUUAUGAGGUUCGCCAUGGGUCAGACAUGGUUUCUUGCUUUCGGUGUCGCCGCAUAUGAAAAAUUGGCAUGGUGUCUAGGAGCCAACGGUGCUUUGAGAUGUUUCGUUCUUAGACUUACAACAUAAAUGAUAAACUAUUGAUA